AUGUUGGAUCCAGACUCAGGAUUCGCUUGUGUUGGAUCCAGACUCAGGAUUCGCUCGUGUUGGAUCCAGACUCAGGAUCUGCUCGUGUUGGAUCCAGACUCAGGAUCCGCUCAUGUUGGAUCCAGACUCAGGAUUCGCUUGUGUUGGAUCCAGACUCAGGAUCCGCUCGUGUUGGAUCCAGACUCAGGAUUUGCUCGUGUUGGAUCCAGACUCAGGAUCUGCUCGUGUUGGAUCCAGACUCAGGAUCUGCUCGUGUUGGAUCCAGACUCAGGAUCCGCUCGUGUUGGAUCCAGACUCAGGAUUCGCUCGUGUUGGAUCCAGACUCAGGAUCCGCUCGUGUUGGAUCCAGACUCAGGAUCUGCUCGUGUUGGAUCCAGACUCAGGAUCUGCUCGUGUUGGAUCCAGACUCAGGAUCUGCUCGUGUUGGAUCCAGACUCAGGAUCCGCUCGUGUUGGAUCCAGACUCAGGAUCCGCUCGUGUUGGAUCCAGACUCAGGAUUUGCUCGUGUUGGAUCCAGACUCAGGAUCCGCUCGUGUUCGAUCCAGACUCAGGAUCCGCUCGUGUUGGAUCCAGACUCAGGAUUUGUUCGUGUUGGAUCCAGACUCAGGAUUUGCUUGUGUUGGAUCCAGACUCAGGAUUUGCUUGUGUUGGAUCCAGACUCAGGAUUUGCUCGUGUUGGAUCCAGACUCAGGAUCCGUUCGUGUUGGAUCCAGACUCAGGAUUCGUUCGUGUUGGAUCCAGACUCAGGAUCCGCUCGUGUUGGAUCCAGACUCAGGAUUUGCUCGUGUUAGAUCCAGACUCAGGAUCCGCUCGUGUUGGAUCCAGACUCAGGAUUUGCUCGUGUUGGAUCCAGACUCAGGAUUCGUUCGUGUUAGAUCCAGACUCAGGAUCCGUUCGUGUUGGAUCCAGACUCAGGAUUCGUUCGUGUUAGAUCCAGACUCAGGAUCCUGCAGAGUUUGCAGAAGAUUGUGUCCAGAAAUGUUUCAAACUAACACAAUUUAA